AUGUCUCGCCUCCUCGUGAAUUAACAAAAGCUUUGAGAGAGUAUCCCAGCAUCGCCCGGCUGUCUCCCGGGGAAACAUCCCGGGUAAACAAGAGCCAAUCUCCGCGCAACCGGGCGGCAGCAGCAGCAGCUCUCGUGUUGUGAUUGCUGAAACUGGCGCGCGCGACACGUCCAUCCACUUUAGAGCAAGACAGAGAGGUUUGCUAAAAAGAAAAGCCCUUAAAUUGAGGCAGCAGUUUAAGUCAGGUGGCUUAAUGGAUUUUACAGUGGCUUAAAAUAUAUUUGUUUUUGACUGACGAGCUCAAGGACUAAGUGAUGGAUAGGAAAGUAAACUUGCGGCGCGCUACUUCAGCUGGGUACCGUUUACCGGAUCGACCCAAUGGUCCUCUCGCCUCUCAGUCCUCGGUCUCAGUGUUCAAGCAUUCAGAGGCCAGGACACGAAACACCGGUGAGAAACCGGCGCAAGACGAUGAUACCCGAGAUCCGGUAAAGCAGGACCAGGUUUGGAGAGAGUUUGUGCUCUCAGAGCGAACCGGUGUGAAAGAAUGGGAGAAGAACUGGAGUUUCCUGAUGAACUUUGACCAGCUGGGUCAUCCGCGUACAGAAACUCCUCUCCCCAGCUCUGUGUCUUUAUACUCAGACAGAGUCCCAAACACCACUAACCAAAUGUUCGGCAGCGGCCUGUACACUGAGCUGGGCAAGGAGCUGAUUCGCCUGGACAAUCUGCUAACCCUGACAGCAAACCACCGCAAGGCCAAAAGGAAUCCAGAGAUGCAGCCCUGCUGAGGUUCACCAGGCACAGGAUGUGUUCAAAACGCCCUGAGCUGAGAUUAGUUGUUUCUCUAUACCUUCCCUUGGGUUGUUCUGUUUGUCUUGCCUUUAUACUUAAACAAACUUAAGAGUGUUCAGUGGAUGGCAAUAGUUUUUUGGAUGUAUUUUUUUCUCUGGACAGCCUAAAUACCAGCUGCCAAUCUGUGUAUGUAUGCGUGUGUUUGUUGUUUGUUUUGACAGUGUGUUGAGAGCAUUUGUUUUUAUAUUAGAUUUUCAUUUGACAUUGAAAAUGCAUCUCUUUUAGAGUACUGUAAUAUGCUGGUGAAGGCAGUAAAGAUGACCCUCUUUUUAGAAUAUACGAUUUGCAUAUAAUUUUUUUUUUUUUUAGAUGAACACAGUUACUCUUCAAGAAAAAAAAAUGCAAGAAAAAAAAGAGGAAUUAUAUUGUCAGAUAAUUAUUCACAGUUUACAAAUAGUCCUAGCCAAUUGAGACAUUUUAUCUAUGGAACAUUAGGAGGAUUAGAACUGGAAUAUUCUGCCAAGACCUUCUACAUUUAUAGUGUUUAAAAAAAAAAAACUAUCUUGCCAAAUUAUAUUCCAAUAAAGUCUUUUAAACAGCUACAAUGUGUGCC